AUGAAUUGCAAGGCGGAAGAGAAUAGAAAGCAGCACCAUAGCUUGAUUUUAUUGGAGCAAGUAAAGAGAAUGAAAGAAUCAACACAGGUAAUUGACGUGGUGCUCAUCGCAGAAGGUGAGAAAUUCCCCUGCCAUAAGGUGGUGCUGGCUGCCUUUAGUGCCUAUUUCAAAGCCAUGUUCACAUGUGGCUUGGCAGAGUGCACACAGAGGGAAGUGGUGCUGCACGACAUCUCUGCUGAGAGUGUGUCGGUGAUCCUGCACUACAUGUACAGCGCGGACCUGUGCCUCACCACACUCAAUGUGCAGACUGUCGCCCUGGCUGCCUACUUCAUGCAGAUGGAAGAGGUUUGCAAUAUGUGUCAGAAGUACAUGACAGAACAUAUGGAUGCUUCCAACUGUGUAGGCAUCUACUACUUUGCAAACCACAUUGGGGCAGAAGAUUUAUGUGACAAAGCGAGGAAGUACAUGUAUCAGCAUUUUGCUGAGGUGAGCUUGCAGGAAGAAAUAUUAGAGAUUGAAUUCCAGCAGCUGAUGACUCUCAUCAAAUCAGCUGAUCUGAAUAUUUCCAGGGAGGAAAGCAUUCUGGACCUCGUCAUUAGAUGGGUCAAGCACAGCAGAGAGUCACGUUCAGAACACCUUGUUGAGCUCCUCAAGCAAGUGAGACUGGAACUUGUCAGCCCCUCAUUUCUUGUGGAAGCCCAGAAAAGGAACACGAUUAUUCUGUGCAAUUUAGAAUGCAAUGACAUGUUCGAAGAAGCACUGAAAACCAUCCAACUGUCCAGUCACCCUUCCCUCAGCCUGCGAUAUGGCAUGGAGAUGACGGAUCUCCUGCUCUGCAUCGGCAACAACUCCCUUGGCAUCAGGUCCAGGCAUGGCAGCUAUGCAGAUGCCAGCUUCUGUUAUGCCCCUGCGACACGAAAGACCUACUUCAUUUCCUCCCCGAAGUAUGGAGAGGGCUUAGGAUGUGUUUGCACUGGUGUUGUCACUGAGAAAAAUGAUAUCAUUGUGGCAGGUGAAGCAAGUGCCGUCAAAAUGUCUAGACAAAGGACCAGGAACAUUGAAAUUUAUAGAUACCACCAGCAAGGAAACCACUUUUGGCACAGUCUGUGCACCACUCAGCUUCGCGAGCUCUACGCACUGGGCACUGUCCACAACGACCUCUAUGUAAUAGGAGGGCAAAUGAAAGUGAAAAAUCAGUAUUUGGUCACAAACUCUGUGGAGAAGUAUUCCAUGGAGCAAGGCACCUGGAGAAGCACGGCACCUCUGCCAGUACCAUUGGCCUGCCACAUGGUGGUGACAGUGCAGGACAAGCUGUAUGUGCUAGGUGGAUGGACACCACAGAUGGAUCUGCCUGACGAGGAGCCGGAUCGAUUAAGUAACAGAACAUUUCAGUACGACCCAGGCCUAGACAAAUGGACGGAAAGAGCUCCAAUGAAGUUCUCCAAGUACCGCUUCAGCACAGCCGUAGUCAACAGGGAGAUUUAUGUCUUGGGAGGAAUUGGGUGCCUUGGUUACGACAGAGGACAGACACGGAAAUGUCUUGAUGCAGUGGAGAUUUAUAACCCUGAUGGAGACUUUUGGAGGGAUGGACCCCCUAUGCCUUCUCCCCUCCUCUCCUUACGAACAAACUCUACCAGCGCAGGCUCUGUGGAAGGGAAGCUGUACCUCUGUGGGGGAUUUCAUGGAGCAGCUCGCCAUGAAGUUAUCACCAAAGAGAUCCUUGAGCUGGAUACAUGGGAGAACCAGUGGAACGUGGUGGCCACUAAUGUCCUCAUGCAUGACAGUUACGAUGUUUGCCUUGUUGCUCGGCUGAACCCGCGGGAUCUUAUCCCUCCUCCUCCAGAUUUAGUGAACCAAUAGAAGUUCAGUGACUCUCAAUGCUUUCAGGUUGUGCAGAGACUGAAGAAUUUGGGUAGAAAAAUGCUGCAUUGGCUCUGGAUCACAGCUGAGUCCCACAGAGAGGAAAGGGCAACAUGUGCUUAAGGACAUAAUUGCCUUUGAGCUGUGCUUCUCUGAUGAUGCUUAAUUUGAUAGUACUGGUGCUCUGGACUUCUGUGGUUGAAGGCCAAGGUUGUCCAGCCUUUGUGUGUGGCUCUUCAUAUUCAGUCAUCUUCACUCCAGUGGUGAGUGAAGCUUGGGCUGCUUGGGACCCCUUGCCUCACAGGCACAGUGGCAGCCCAGGGCUCAGCUCACAGCAGAUGUAUGACAGAAAGCUCUAGCCAGGGAAAUUCCUCAUGUGCUGUUCAUCCCACUCAGAUUUACUGAGCUACCCAGGAAGCUAAGAAAUAGAUUAAGUCAGCUGAUGAAAAACAAGUGCCAGACUGUAAUUGACUGAUGCAAAGGUAAAACAUAGAAAAGCCUUUGUUUGAAACAAAAUCCCAUUAGCCAAGGUCUAUUAGCCAAGAACACCAGCUCCUGCAAACAUUGUCUGAAGCACAGACGUAACAGUCAAGACAUCCUGUCUUUGCUAAUAGACAUGAACGUGUGCUAGUAGAAAACUAAUCAUUUGGCAGCAAAUCACAAAUGAGGCUUUCAUUAGGGCUGGUAGGCAGUUUCAACCAAAGACAAGAAGAAUCUUUAAUUUUCACAUAAAUACUAUUUAUUACAAAGUCUGGUAUGACCAGGAUCUUAGAGCUCAGGAAACUUCCAUAGAGAGAUGAAUAAAGAGAUGCGAACUAAAAAGUAGUAAAUGAAACCAGUAUCGUCUGCAUAUCAGUAUUGCAGCUACAGGGA